GUUUUCCUUGUAGCGGCGGCAAACGUGAGCAGGCCAAGACGCGUUCAUCCCGUCUUUGUACAGAUCAUAAUCAACUUUUAGGUAAUUUGUGAACAGUAACUCGUCUAGUGGUGAGGUUAUCCAGCUGUCAACAUGGAUUUCCAGCACAGAGCUGGUGGCAAGACGGGCAGCGGUGGGGUGGCGUCGUCUUCCGAGAGCAACCGAGACCGCAGAGAGCGCUUGAGGCAGUUGGCGUUGGAGACCAUCGACAUAAACAAGGACCCCUACUUUAUGAGAAAUCACUUGGGGUCCUAUGAAUGCAAACUCUGCCUCACUCUUCACAACAACGAAGGUAGCUACCUCGCUCACACACAGGGCAAGAAGCAUCAGACCAAUUUGGCACGGAGAGCGGCCAAGGAGGCCAAGGAAGCCCCAGCACAGCCUGCACCUGAAAAGGUGAAAGUCGAGGUUAAGAAAUUUGUGAAAAUCGGGCGUCCAGGGUACAAAGUGACGAAGCAGAGAGACCCAGAGAGUGGACAACAGAGUCUGCUAUUCCAGAUUGACUAUCCAGAGAUCGCGGAGGGCAUCGGGCCUCGACAUCGCUUCAUGUCGGCCUAUGAGCAGCGCAUCGAGCCCCCAGACCGUCGCUGGCAGUAUCUGCUCCUGGCCGCAGAACCAUACGAGACCAUUGCUUUUAAGGUGCCCAGUAGGGAGAUUGACAAGGCGGAGAGCAAGUUUUGGACUCACUGGAACAAAGAAACCAAACAGUUUUUCCUGCAGUUCCACUUCAGGAUGGAGAAGCUGCCUCCCAGCGGGCCCGUGCCGCCCAUGGGUGUAAAGCGGCCGCCACCCCUCAUGAGCAACAUGGACCGCCGGCAGCCCAACGACCCCAUGCCGCCUCCUCCGCCGGGCGGGAUGCCCAUGCCCCCUCUGCCUCCUGGGGCGCCAAGGCCCCCACAGAUGAUGCCCCACCAGAUGGGUGGCCACGGUAUGCGACCUCCAAUGUCCAUGCCCCCCAUGAUGAGACCCCCUUUGCCCACCGGCCCCGGAGGGAUGCCCCCACCUCCUAGGAUCUCCUAAGGACAAUACGGGAUAGGGGGGUUAAGUGCCUCUGUUUGCCCCAUGUUUGUAAUUCAUUUUGCAGACUUUCUUUUUGUUUAUUUGCUUGUUUUCAUUAUUAUUAUUCAUCAGGGGCUGCCUAGCCAUCAUUGUCAUAAAAGAAACACAAUGGAAAAUGUAUUUCCUUUCUCAGGACCCAACUUGUACAAGAUCGCUUGACAUUGUCUCGCUGUUAGGCCAUAACAUGCACUCUACAUUUUAGAUAUGUGUACUCUUAGUUUUGCUUUUUUUUAGCUUUGGAAAUUUGUAAUAAAUAGUGUAAGCAGGUCUCAUCAAAGAGAUUGACAACUUUUUUAAAAUCAUUAUUAAACAAUGAAGAAAGCCUCUGUAGA